UGCCCGGACAUCCUACCCGCCCAACAACAAGAAGCUCGAGCCAGCCAACAUGGCCGACCUGGGGAAGAAGUACUGCGUGAACUGCCUGGCAGACGUUACCAAUCUCCGGCUCCGCUGCACCGACUGCCCGGAUAUCGAGCUGUGCCCCGAGUGUUUCUCGGCGGGGGCCGAGAUAGGCAACCACCGGCGGUGGCACGGCUACCAGCAAGUCGACGGCGGUCGGUUCUCCCUCUGGGGUGCAGAGGCAGAAGGAGGAUGGACGAGCAGGGAAGAGCAGUCGCUCCUCGAUGCCAUCGAGCAGUACGGCUUUGGAAACUGGGAGGACAUGGCUGCCCACGUUGGAGCCAAUCGGACUCCCCAGGAAGUCAUGGAGCACUACGUGGCUAUGUACAUCCACGGCAACCUGGGAAAGGCCUGCAUCCCCGACAGCAUUCCUAACCGGGUGACGGACCAUACGUGCCCGAGCGGGGGGCCGCUGUCGCCCAGCCUCACCACUCCGCUGCCACCGCUGGACAUCAGCCUGGCCGAGCAGCAGCAGCUGGGCUACAUGCCGCUGCGGGACGACUACGAGAUCGAGUAUGACCAGGACGCCGAGAAACUCAUCAGCGGGCUUUCGGUCAACUACGACGACGAGGACGUGGAGAUAGAAAUGAAGCGCGCCCACGUGGACAUGUACGUGCGUAAACUACGUGAGAGGCAGCGGCGGAAGAACAUCGCCCGGGACUACAACCUAGUACCUGCUUUCCUGGGGCGGGACAAGAAAGACACACGAGAGAAAGAAAAAGCAGGUCCACUAGGAGUUGUCGGCCCCGCUGCUGGUGGGAUUGGAGCGGUAGCCGGUAGUGCCACGGCGGCACCGGGUUCCACGACGACGGCAGGAACGUGUCCAGUUCCCACCACGCCCAAAAGGAAGCUCACCAAGGAGGAAAAGGAUCAGAGGGCGCACCUACGGGGGCUUUGCCAGUUCAUGGCCCACCGAGAAGUCGAGGAGCUCUUUGAGAACAUGCACAAAGAGCGCACGCUGAGGGCCAAGGUGCGUGAGCUGCAGCGGUACCGCCGCAAUGGCAUCACCCGCCUGGACGAGUCCGCCGAGUACGAGGCGGCACGGCACAAGCGCGAGAAGCGAAAGGAGAACAAGAGCGUGGUCAUCUCCAAGCGGGGGGGUUGUGUGGGACUCGGCGGGGGGGGAGGGAGUGCGGUCGGAGGCCUCGGCGUCGGUUGUGUGAUCAAAGAGGAAGGCAAAGAGGGCGAGUUUGCCGCCAUCGAGAACCUGACGGGCUUUGAGCUGCUGUCGGACCACGAGAAGGUCCUGUGUAACUCUCUGAACCUGAGCCCCGCCCGCUACCUGACAGUCAAGACCAUUAUCAUCAAGGACAACCUGCAGAAAAGGCAGGGCAUCCCCGCUAAGAGCCGGCUGCCCAGCUACCUGGACAAGGUGCUCAGGAAGCGCAUCGUCACCUUUCUCACGGAGAGUGGUUGGAUAUCCAGAGACAGAGACACUGCUUAAAUGAGUGACUUGUGGCCUUUUUGUGCCUUUUUUUUUAUGUGGCAUUGUGAAUGUGUACAUUAGAUCCCCGCUAUUCCUGGGGUUACAUUGCCAGUUCCCCUCCCGCGCGAAAAGCGCACCCGUAAAACGCCCUAUAAAUGCUUAUUUUUGUUACUCCAAACACAUCGGUUUUUUUCAAGAUGAUACCAAUACAGACCUACCUGCUUUUCAGGACCGAUACCAAUAAGUUAUUUAUAUCGAAUAUUUUAUUAAAAGGAGAAUUAACUGUUAUUUUUGCGGCACAUUGCAUUAGCAGCACGCGUAGCAAAACACCAUCGUAGCAAUGCUGGCAUUUCAGGUGGCUGAUAAGGUUUGAUGGUUUUUUUUCCCCCAUUCUCGCGGAAUGUUUGCAGAACAUUUGGUGCAAAUAGCAUGCAAAAUGUCUUCCUCUGAAACGGUGAAGUCCCGCACGAUCGCCGCCAUGUUUGUUUACAGUGAGCUCGGGGGAAGAUUACAACAAGUCCUUUACAGCAUGACCAGGAGAAAACGGAUCGCUUGAUUUGCUCACCCUUACCCACCUGCAGCACAGUGCGGGUAAUCACGCCUCAUUGGAGUGUUUUUUUUUUUAUGUUAUCAGAUUUAUUGGUAUGUCAUAAUUCCUCAUAUCAGCCUGAUAAUUAUCUAUUUGAUAUUUAUUGUGCAUCCCUAUUCUGACACAUUUUAAAUUCAGUUUUACUUAUUAAGAAACCUAUAGUAUCGUACUUACAAAACAUGAAUUCCAGAAAAUCAAAUUGUGUUUCUGCUGCAAAAUGAGUUAAUUGACUAGUGAGACAGCCGAUAGCGCCAUCUCACCACUUUCUUUUUAAGUUACAAUAAGAAAACAGCAUUAUUUACAAUUUAAUGCAAGAAAAAUGAAAUUAUAUCAGGGGGCAAUGUUGAACCAUGAAUAAGUGGGGAUAUACUGUAUAGGAAAUGUCCUUGCUGGAGGAUAUAGAACAAAAGAGCCAUAUUUGUGUGUGGAUUGUCAGUAUUUUGUGUCAUCGUUGGGUUUGGUCAUGUGUCUGCCUUAUUGUUACAAUGUGACAGACAUCCACAGAGAUCUCAACAUGUUUUACCAAUUCGAUGACAUGUAUUGUUAAAGGAGCAGCUAAACUCUUCUUAACACCUCAUAGGCUCCACAUAUCAAAAAGGCCGGCGACCUGUUUGAUGAAAUUCACAUUUUUUCAGGGUUGGAGUUGCUUUGCACGGUUGACCAGAUGAAACAAAGGGAUUAGAUUUUGCCCCCCAAAAGAAAAAAGUCAUUUAAUUGUUUUCCAAUGCACUUUUGGUUGCGGCUGACUGCCGCUUUUUAGAGCCGAGCCAGUUGAAAUAAUGUGUUUAAGGCACAACCAGGUGUGUUUUAGUCACCUGUAAAAUGUCAGUGCGGUUGAAUGUGAUGUCCCUGUCAAAGUGCUCAGUCCUAGUUUUGAUUUUACUCCCAAUUUUAAUUUGCAGUUGAUAAUAGUCCCCCAACACAUAUUUAUUGAUAGUAAUUGCAUUCUUGUCACCUUGCAACUUUGUGCCCUUAAAUUUUGACUCUGAAAAUAUGAGUAAGGAAAGUUUGCUUACCUUAUCCACCCACAUGUAAAUAAUUUAUGAAAUGACAUAAACUAGUGACCUGUACAUGAUUUUGUCAUGGAAUUUUUGAUAGCUUUUGUAAUUAAAACAAAUUUUAUAUGGCAAAGAUGUCCUUAAACGACAUGGUGGUAUGUGUGCACAAUUUAUUAAACAUGCAUAAUGUUUAAUUUAAAAUGUCCUCUGCU